AUGGCGGGCGCUGAUAGAGAUGUUGAUGACGGAACAAGCCAGUAUUCUAUAAUUAACUAUAACGAAGAAGAAUCUUCCAAAAGUCACUCAAGUAAUGGUCAUGACAAUGGCAACGGCAACAAUUGCAAAACUAAAAAUGCAACUAUUAUCCCACCACCAAGUAAUAAUCCAGAAGGCUGUGAGGCUUUCCUUAGCAAGCGUCUAGACUCUGUUGCUGACAUCAACAAACCAUCUAGGAUUCCCUUGCCUUCAUUCUAUGGUAAAGACAAGAAAGUUUCGUCUCAACGCUAUGGCUCUUUGAGAGGAUAUCCAUAUUUACAAAGCUAUAUUGAGAACCUGCAACUUGAAGCCAUUCCUGAAACAUGGGAAGAACCUGAGCAAGUCCAUGAGGAAAGCGAGUCUGAAAUAAAAGGUUCCCAACAAUCAAGUCCGUCUGGCAUACAACGAAAUUGGCCCUUACAUGUGGAUGCAACAGUCAACCCUCCAGAACGUACCUUUAAUGCUCUAUUCAGCCUUGUGUUAACUUCAUCAGCUUUACCAACACCUACAGUACUACCUCAUCACAGCUGGAGUAUACGUCAAAACUAUUUCUCCAGUUUCAUUCGUAUUAAGGAAACAUCUUCUAAAGCUCAUGAUACUACCGCAAGGUCUGCAAGUAGUCGUCAUGAUGGAAUUUCUCAAGAUAGCCCUUCUGGUUCUUGCCACAUUCAUCAGGAAAACUAUACGAGUAGCGAAGCUGAUAUUUCCAAAGAAGAAGCGAGAAACAUAUAUUAA